ACUGAAUAAACAGCACCGCCCCAAUCUCCCCUUGGUUGUUUGUUUUAAGUGAAGAGCGAUCCAUCGCAGAGCGCCGUGCUCGAUUGACACUGUCUGAUGAUCUGCUACUGCGGCUGGCUCAGAAUAACAAGGCUGCUCGCUAAUACCCGUCUAUCGGGUCUUUCGCCAAAACACCGAGCGAAUAGGAUCCAAAAAAGCAAACAAGGCAAGCAAGAACGCCGCGCCGCCGAAGUCCGCACCACAGGAUGGCUUCGGGAGACCUUUACGAGGUGGAGCGGAUCAUGGACAAGCGGCGCAACAAGAAGGGCAAGUGGGAGUACCUGAUCCGGUGGAAGGGUUACGGCAGCAAGGAGGACACCUGGGAGCCCGAGCACCACCUGCUGCACUGUGAGGAGUUCAUCCACGGCCUGCAUCUGCACACCCAACACAAACAACCCAAACCCCCCAAGCUGCCCCCCGGGACGGCUGGGGGACCAGGGAGGCCAGGAGGGCCACCAGGGGGAGUUGGACCACACCUCCUAUCCGCCCGUCCUCCUGCCCCAGACACCCCGAGAGCACGAGCAGAGGCACGUAAGAAGAAAAGGACUGGUGUUAGUCCAGGGGCCGGGGUUAAUCCUGGGGCAGGAGUAAGGGAGGGCGUGGGUUUGGGGGUUGGUACUGGAGCUUCUCAGAAGCAGAAGAAGGUGAGCGGAGGAGGAGGAGGGGGUGGGAAGCGUGUCUCUCCACACAGGAUGACCAAAGCUAUGCCGUACAAGGCUGCUCCGGGGGGACUGCAGUUUGUGCCCCCGGUAAGGGCCCCUCAUAACGGACUACAGAACGGAGAGAUGGACCCUGUCCUGUACAGGGCAGCAGCCAGGACACACAGACUGACCCAUGACACGGUAGAGAGGGUGAUGGGGGGUGUGGAGACCACCAGGACACCACUGGUCAAUGAACUAGGCUCCACACUCUCCAACGGUGAGGUGAAUCUGCACAGCUCUGUGAAGAGGAAGCUUGGAGAGGACAAAGGCUACGUGUUUGACAAGCGGCUGAGGUACAACGUGCGGCAGAACGAGACCAACUGUCGAUUCCGUGACAUUGUCGUCAGGAAGGAGGAGGGCUUCACGCACGUGCUGCUCUCCAGCCAGACGUCUGACAACAACGCACUAACACCAGAGAUAAUGAAGGAGGUGUGUCGGGCUCUGGGGAACGCAGCAGCUGAUGACAGUAAGCUGUUGCUGCUCAGUGCUGUGGGGAGUAUCUUCUGUAGUGGCCUGGACCCGUCCUACCUGAUAGGACGCCUCUCCACAGACCGCAGGAAAGAGAGCAGUCGCAUUGCUGACGCUGUACGGGACUUUGUGCUGGCGUUUAUCCACUUUAAGAAGCCCAUCGUGGUGGCCAUCAACGGGCCUGCCCUGGGCCUGGGGGCCGCUAUCCUGCCCCUAUGUGACGUGGUGUGGGCCAGCGAGCGGGCAUGGUUCCAAACGCCCUGUGCUGCCCUCCGCCUCACCCCCUCCGGCUGCUCCUCCUACACCUUCCCCCAGAUCCUGGGAGUGGCUCUGACCAAUGAGAUGCUGUUCUGCGGGAGGAAGCUCACGGCACAGGAAGCCUGCAGCCGGGGCCUGGUGUCCCAGGUCUUCUGGCCAACCACGUUCAACCAGGAAGUGAUGCUGCGUGUGAAAGAGAUGUCCACCUGCAGUGCUAUGGUUCUGGAAGAGUCUAAAUGCCUGGUGCGGAGCAUUCUGAAGUCGGUCCUGGAGGAGGUGAAUGAGAAAGAGUGUCAAAUGCUCAAACAGCUAUGGUGCUCCACAAAGGGACUGGAGGCGCUCUUCAGCUACCUGCAGAGCAAGGUGUAUGAUAACUGACCUCUCACCUCCACACACCUGCAGAACUAUCUAUGGUCCACGAGAUCUGGUCUUCAGUUACCUACUGAGCAACAUCCCUGAAGAUAUAGGGCUUUGAUCUUCAAUUACCAACAGUCUUCUUUAACAACCAGCAGAACGCAGUUUGCCAGUCUCCGAGGCCUUAUCUCCUCUCGUCAACAUCUGGGCCUGCAGAGCACCACCAUCAAUGUUUGCUUUACUUUGGUCAUCCCUCAACGUCCCUGCCUGUAAGAUGAGCAAAGCAUCAACUUCUGGAGAGGAUUCAUCUGUAGGAUUCAUUCUGCAUUCAUACUGGCCUGCUUGGAGUUCAGUUAACCCCUUCCAGAGGAAGCAUUGACCUGGAACAGGAAGUCAUGACAGUGAACAAGGCUCUUCAGGAAAAUGGAGGCACAGCGGUGGUAUGAGUGCAUGGAGGCAAAAGAGCUCAUCUGAUGGCUAAUGUCAUUGUUCAGUUAUUUAUUUGAAAAUGUAUUUCGAUUUGAUCCUAAAUACAAAAAAAGCAUACCAUGUGUAUAUAUUUUCUAUUAGUCUGCUGUUUUUUUUUUUUUUGUAUCUUGCUUUAGUCUUUCUGUUUUGAGGUGAAGUGUCCUCCUAGGCUCUGAGGUGUAGUGAAAAUCAAAGCUAUGCUUGAGGUCAGAGUGGAACAUAUAUCUUCUCACUUUACAAUGCAGUAACCCUGGCCAAAGAAGUAAAUAAUAAUUGAAGUGAAACCUGUCCAUUGAAUUAGGUGUGGUGUAAUAGGAGGGCCACUGGGGAAGAGUUAGAAGUAGGUCAUGCCCAAUGAUACACACCCAUAAGUGGGAAGUCACUGUGAAUGGGCAGUGUUGACAGUGAACUCUUUCUGGAUUUAUAUCGGUCGUUUUGCGAUGCUCUUUUGGAAGUGUUUAUUCAAUUGCUUGUAUUUGGUUUGUCAGUAAAGGUGUUUGACCUCUGAUUGAAUGUGAAUGUGUAGAAGGGCCCUCUUUGACCACGACCAACACUCCCAUAGAGAACCAGAGCUGUCUGAUUGCAUCUUUUCAUUAGAAUGUGGAGACUGUCGAUAGAUCAACAGGAGACCUCUCCCUGGGAAAGGGAGGAGAGAGAGAGAGAAUGAGGGUGAGACAUGUGUGUCAUCAUUAUUAUAUCAGCAGCAACAUGUGCAGCGUCAUCAUUAUCUUCAAGGUACAUAUAUGACAUGUAUUACAGUGCAAAGGUAUAGCGGGAGUGGUUUGCUUAUCUACUCUUCUGUGUUGACUAACCUUGCCUGAGACCUGAAGACUUCUUUUGGCUCCCAAAGCUAAUGCCCGGCCUUUAGCUCAGAGGGCUAUUGCAGUCUUAAAUCGUGAAGACGACCAGGGUUUGAUACCCCGUUGAUUAUAAAGGCAUGUAUAUUACAUUGUGAAACGUGUAGCUAUUAUAUUUGGACAGAUAAUUAUUUUGAUAUUACCUUGCAAUUGGUUAUUAGUGAGACAUUGUGUAUUUUUGUAAAGCACAGAAAGAUGUUUUGUUCCAAAGUAAUCACUGCACUUUCGUCUGUUGGCUGUCUGUGUUGUGAAGAUGCAGUAGUAGUGCAGCUGAAGCAGAUAAUACCUGCAUGUGAUGAUGGCUUCAGGAAAUGGGAAAUGUAUAUCUACAUAUAUUGUAUGUAUGGAUAUCUAUUUUUGGUUUACCCAAUAAUGAAAUGUAGUUUUGUGGAAAUUGUUUUGUAUCAUUCAGGAAGUGGUGGAUAUUUGCAGUUGUACACAUAUAUGAACCAUGUAGGUGUUAUAUGGUGUAACUAUAUGCAUGUACAAUAUUGCAGAUACGUGUGUUGCCUGUCAAAAUACUUUACAUUUCAGGGUAUGUUUUGUAUUGCCAUAGUAAGCAAUGGUAGAAAUCUUGCACAAUCAUUAUUUGUAUUUAUUUAAAGUUAGUGCUCAAGUUCCCCUUGGGGUGGCAGUGCCAUAAUGUUCCCCUUUCUCCAGAGGCAUCUCUUUCUCUCUUAUCUUCUGUUCCAGAUAUUCUCAGUAAAUUGCUUUUUUCCCUAGAUCUGCCCUGUGUGAUAGUGGUGACACAACAAAGACACACAAAAAAUGGUUACAUGUAAUAUUGCUAUUGACAGCACUGACAAAUCAAAGCUCUAUCAAUUUCUAAUCAACCAUUCCCAAUUAUAUUUGAAUAACAAUUUCCCUAAUUAAUUUAUUAUUUGCGUGUUGAUCAGUGUAUUGCUAAAGUAUAGUGUAAGAUUAAAUGUAUAUUAAUAUAUUCAAGAUUUGAGUUUUGCCUGUACCUCUCCCCAACCUGGUCUCAGAGCAUUUUGUAUUAUGCUGUACGUAAAUUCAUACACUCCAUUUAGUAUGAUUUGUUACUUCCGUAUGGUAUGUAUUCAUUUGUGGAUGUCCAUCAACCGUUUCGUAUGAUAUGCUACAAAUUUGCAAAAUGUACAAUAUAUUACGAUUUGCUAAACGUAUGAUAUUUUACCAAUUCUAGCUAGGUGGGUAACAUUAGCUAUCUGGCUAAUGUUAGCUGGGGUUAGGGGUUAGUAUUAAGGUUAGGGUUAUGUUUAGGAAUUAGGUUAAAGGGUUAAGGAUAGGGAAGGGUUAGCUAACGUACUAAGUAGUUGCAAACUAGCUAAACAUUUGCAAGUAUAGUUACUAAUUAGCUAAAAUGCUAAACUUGGUCAUGAUGAGAUUCGAACUCGCAACCUUUAGGUUGCUAGAUGUUCACGUUAUACACCAACCCAUCCACCCCAAACCAACUCAUUUUUGCCUUAAGUAACCAUAUGUCUAUUCUAACCAUAAAAAAACGUAAAAUAUCAUACUACUUUGUAUCUUGAUUUACAUUUACUUUGUUAUGUAUAGUCUGAGACCAGGCUGCUCUCCCAGAACCCAAAUAGAGAAACAUUGUGUUUGAAUGAUGCAUUUGAAUAAUUUGAAGUAAAACAUGUAUAAUUAAUUUGUUGAGAACUUACCCUUGAAUAUUAUGACCGGCCCUGUAAGCCAUGUGUUUAGGUUUGGUUUGUAAACUCCUAUCAUCUCUUUCUCUAGUCUAAAAUCACACCUCGGGGUGCCUUAGAAGUUGUAUCUUUUGUCUGUAGGAUGCUGUAUCCAUACGUUGUGAGAGUUUGGGGUCAAGCUGCUUUGAAUAAACUAUGACAUUAAUUUAAA